GUGGGGGCUGGUGAGAGGAUUCACCAGAGACAGAGUGGGGAGCAGAACAGGUUGACGAAAUACACUGCUGAGGGGAGCAGCUGGGAGACAGGAGAGGUCUGCUGCGCCAUGUGGGUAGCUCCUGGCCGGGGUCGAACUGGCGCUGCAGAGGCUGGGGACUGCUCUGUAGUGUGGUGCUUAACCCCUUGCGCCACCAGGGAGGCCCAGCUUUGAAAGUUUUGUUCUUUGUGUGAACAAUGAAUCAGUAGAAAGUAUUGGUUUUCAUUGUUCACAGCCUCUGCAGUGCGGGGUUGGAUUCCUGAUCUGCCAGGGAGAAACCCACAUGGAGCAGCAGAACUCUCCUGUCUCACCCGCUGCUCCCCUCAGCAAUGUCUUAGUGUGGGGCGCUCUGGACAGGAGACUCCAGGAGCAGCAGCCUUAGUCCUCUCCUGUGGGACUCCAUCCCCUCUCCAGCUCCAGCCCCACAGCCCUCAGGCAUCUGUGAGAGCAGCAGACAAUGAAGAAAUCUCUGGAACCCUUGACUUUCAGAGAUGUGGCCAUAGAAUUCUCGGAGGAGGAGCAGGACUGCCUGGACCCGGCACAGUGGAAAUUGUACUGGGACGUGAUGUUCGAGACCUACAGGAACCUGGCGUCCUUGGGUCUUGCUGUGUCUAAGCCCGACCUGGUUGUCUUGUUGGAGCAAAGGAUGGAGCCCUGGGAUGUGAAGAGAAGUGCAGAUCCCGUCCUCCUCCCAGCCCUGUCUUCUCAAGACGACCAGGUCUCCAUGCCACAGUCAGGCACAGAAGAUUUGUUCCUAAAUGUGGGACUGGGAGGAGAUGGAAUCGACGCUUUCGAGAAUUUAGAAUUAUUGCGAAACCAGACAUGUCAAGAGGCAUGUGAAGAACACAAGAGCUGUUGCGAUGAAGAUUGCCAAGAAGGGAGAAUUAUCCACAAUCAAAUUCCUCCUGCAAAAGGUGAUCCAGCAUGUAAACCAUAUUGGGUAAAACACCAUUUUACGUCUGUUGCAUGUAUAGAUAAAUAUGUUUCUGUUAGCAAAGAUCCAUGUGACAUUUUUAACAAGACACAAUUUCAGAGAGGAAUAUUGGAACAUAUGGGAAGUCCCCUAGUGCAUAAUGCAAAUGAUUAUUCAAAACAUUGUCAAUGUGGGAUAAAUUUAAACUUUCAGUCAAGUCAUUCUCAACAUCAGAGAAUUAGAAAGGAAAAUAAAAAAUCUACACAGGGUCACAUUGAGGAGUCCUCAGAACUUCUCCAGCAUCACACAGUUCAUGAGAAACCCUACAAUUGUAAAGGAUAUGGCAAAGCUACCAAAUGGUGCCCAAGACUUACUGAACAUCAGAGAGAGAAACCUUCCAAGUGUGAAGAGCAUGGUAAAGCCUUGUAUUGGCAUCCACAGCUGACUAACCAUCUAAGGAUUCAUGCUGGAGAAAAGCUUUACACGUGUCCAGAUGGUGGUAAAGUCUUUCUAGGCUUGUGUCACCUUUCCCAGCAUCAGAGAGUUCAUACUGGGGAGAAACCUUACAGAUGUGAGGAAUGUGGCAUAGCCUUUAACCAGCAGUCACAUCUUAGUCAACAUCACAGAAUUCAUACUGGGGAAAAGCCUUGCAAAUGUAAAGUAUGUGGCAAAGCCUUUAACAGUAAGUCAGAUCUUGCUCGACAUCAUAGAAUUCAUACUGGGGAGAAACCUUACAGAUGCGAGGAAUGUGGCAAAGCCUUUAACAAUAAGUCAGAUCUUGCUCGACAUCAUAGAAUUCAUACUGGGGAGAAAACUUACAGAUGUGAAGAAUGUGGCAGAGCCUUUAACCAGCAGUCAAAUCUUAGUCAACAUCACAGAAUUCAUACUGGGGAAAAACCUUACAGAUGUGAAGAAUGUGGCAGAGCUUUUAACCGGCAGUCACAUCUUAGUCAACAUCACAGAAUUCAUUCUGGGGAAAAACCUUACAGAUGCGAGGAAUGUGGCAAAGCCUUUAACAAUAAGUCAGAUCUUGCUCGACAUCAUAGAAUUCAUACUGGGGAAAAACCAUACAGAUGUGAAGACUGUGGCAAAGCCUUUAACUACCUGUCAGAUCUUUGUGGCCAUUAUAGAAUUCAUACAGGGGAAAAGGCUUGCAAAUGUAAAGUAUGUGGUAAAGCCUUUAACAGUAAGUCAGGUCUUGCUCGACAUCAUAGAAUUCAUACUGGGGAGAAACCUUACAGAUGCGAGGAAUGUGGCAAAGCCUUUAAUAAUAAGUCAGAUCUUGCUCGACAUCAUAGAAUUCAUACUGGGGAGAAAACUUACAGAUGUGAAGAAUGUGGCAGAGCCUUUAACCAGCAGUCAAAUCUUAGUCAACAUCACAGAAUUCAUACUGGGGAAAAACCUUACAGAUGUGAAGAAUGUGGCAGAGCUUUUAACCGGCAGUCACAUCUUAGUCAACAUCACAGAAUUCAUUCUGGGGAAAAACCUUACAGAUGUGAAGACUGUGGCAAAGCCUUUAACUACCUGUCAGAUCUUUGUGGCCAUUACAGAAUUCAUACAGGGGGAAAGGCUUGCAAAUGUAAAGUAUGUGGUAAAGCCUUUAACAGUAAGUCAGGUCUUGCUCGACAUCAUAGAAUUCAUACUGGGGAGAAACCUUACAGAUGUGAAGAAUGUGGCAUAGCCUUUAACCAGCAGUCACAUCUUAGUCAACAUCACAGAAUUCAUACUGGGGAAAAGCCUUGCAAAUGUAAAGUAUGUGGCAAAGCCUUUAACAGUAAGUCAGAUCUUGCUCGACAUCAUAGAAUUCAUACUGGGGAGAAACCUUACAGAUGCGAGGAAUGUGGCAAAGCCUUUAACAAUAAGUCAGAUCUUGCUCGACAUCAUAGAAUUCAUACUGGGGAGAAAACUUACAGAUGUGAAGAAUGUGGCAGAGCCUUUAACCAGCAGUCAAAUCUUAGUCAACAUCACAGAAUUCAUACUGGGGAAAAACCUUACAGAUGUGAAGAAUGUGGCAGAGCUUUUAACCGGCAGUCACAUCUUAGUCAACAUCACAGAAUUCAUUCUGGGGAAAAACCUUACAGAUGUGAAGACUGUGGCAAAGCCUUUAACUACCUGUCAGAUCUUUGUGGCCAUUACAGAAUUCAUACAGGGGGAAAGGCUUGCAAAUGUAAAGUAUGUGGUAAAGCCUUUAACAGUAAGUCAGGUCUUGCUCGACAUCAUAGAAUUCAUACUGGGGAGAAACCUUACAGAUGUGAAGAAUGUGGCAUAGCCUUUAACCAGCAGUCACAUCUUAGUCAACAUCACAGAAUUCAUACUGGGGAGAAACCUUACAAAUGUGAAGACUGUGGCAAAGCCUUUAAUCGGAAGUCGAAUGUUACUCUACAUCAGAGAAUUCACAUCAGAGAGAAAUGUUAAAACUGUGAAGUCAAUUUUUUGACUUUAGUCUUUUUUAACCAGAAGUCAAAUCAUCCUAAAUAUCAGAGUGUGAACUGAGAGAAACCCAUUAAUGAAAAGUGAUGAAUGGUUUGUCCAAAUACAAAUUCUGAAACCACCAGAUUUUCAUGCUGGAAACUUGAAAGAAGUGAAAUAUGAGAAAGUAAUUUAUUACAAAAUUUGGAUUCAUAUUAAGACGUUGCAGUACAGUCGGAAGUGAGUAACACUUAUCAGACAUUCCUUAAUGAGAAGAUUGUUAUGGAGGCUAAACCAACAUUAAAACACUAAACAUUAGCAUAAUUGAAUAGCUCAAGAGGCCUUCCUGGCAGUGCAGAGGGUUAAGACACAGCACUAUGAAGCUAUCUGUAGCCACUGCAGCACGAAUUCCCCAGCCAGGGAGCUGACCACAUGGAACAGCAGACCUGUGCUGACUUUGCUGCUCCCCUCAGCAGUGUAUUUCAGUAUACCCAUCUGUUCUGCUCCCCACUCUGUCUCUGGUGAAUUCUCUCACCCCCACGCCUCUGGCCUACACCCCCAUCUCUUGUAUGCAUAAAUAAAAUCAAUGUUAAAAAAAAUAUCAAAGUUCAAGAUGAUUGUUUGAGAACACGCAUAGUCAUUUUCUGUGUCUUUUUUUUACUAACCGUUCUUGACAUUAUGAAGAGACCUGAUGAAUGUAAUUCAGCCCUAAAGCAUGUCAUUGUAUGGCUUUCUCCUCAUAUGUAAGUCAAGUCAUGUGUUUGAAAAUUGCUGCUUCAUACAUCUAAGAGACCCUCCUAGUUGAUGAAUUUGUUCACAUCUUAGUUGCUCGGGCAAAUUCACAAUGGUGUCACGUAACAUGUAUGAAGAAAAAUCUAAAUGGAUAUGCUGUCUGUGGUUGACUCAAAAGAUUGAUCUGAAUCACCCAGAGGAGUUGUGGACUUCAUUGUGGGCAUGAAAGUCAGACAGAAACAUGCUGAAGUUCAAAGCAUUUCAUCAUUUUCUCCUUCAGGGAAUACACUGACAGUUUAUUAAAACGCUCAUGUUUCUUCACGGUAGUAAUCGAGAUCAUGAAUAUUACUUGAUGCUGUUGCCAGAAGAAAUCUUCACUGGCACAUGAUGAAAGUGCAGGUGAGUUUUCAUAACAGGGCGUAGAAUUCUUGCCCAUUCACAUUAGCUGAGUCAAGCGUCUCUGUGUUGAACAGAGUGACUCUGGGUUCCCGGUAUCGGACAAGAUGCUUCUUAAAUGCCAAAAUCUUGAUUUUGACAAAAGAGCACACAGUGGUUUCUGAAUGUCUUAUUUGGACUAUAUGUGAGCUUACCGUAUAUUUUAAUAAAGCUGAUU